AUGAGGACGCUGACCCUGUGUCUCCUGUUGCUGGCUGCAGCCCAGCCUCAAGUUUCCUCGGCCUUGCGCUGUCACCAUUGUGAGAGUCACGGGGACUGCACCAUCGAGACGUGCCCUCCAGGGCAGGAGCUGUGCCGAACCACCGUCUUCUAUAACCGCUGGAAAGGAGGUCAGGAUUUGGAGGUGAUAGUGAGAGGCUGUGCCGUGACUGGGAAAGACAGCAGCUCCAUGUCCUAUCGAACGACCCAAGAGAUCAUCAUGCUAAAGGAGACCUUGUGCGACUUCGACCUCUGCAACCACCCAGAUCCCCGUCCUUCCCCUACCUUUCCUGGCUCUUGGUCCCUAGAGUGUGAGUCGUGCACCUCCGCUGACCUAAGCUGUGAACGAGGUCGGAUCCUGACCCUCCGCUGCCCAGACCCCACAGACCAGUGCUUGGAGCGGGUCAUCCAAAGCAGCCCCAGAGCGAGCUCCCUGGACGAGCGCUACGUGCGAGGCUGUGGGAGCUUUGCCGACUGCCCCGGCCCUUCGGGCUUCCACAACAACGACACUUUUCUGUUCUUGAGGUGCUGCAACCACAGCCAGUGUAUCAGCGGCCCAAUGAUGAAACUCUCCAGCCAUCCCCUGAAUGAACUCCAGUGCCACAGCUGUGAGGGGAACUGGACUCACGGCUGCUCCCCAGAGGAGACAACGGUCACUGCCUGUCGGGGCCCCAUGAAUCGGUGCUUUGAAGCCACGGGCACCCACAACUACUGGGGUCCUGGCUACACUGUCCGAGGUUGCGUGGCCCCCACCUGGUGUGAGUCCCCCCAUCUGGCUUCCACCUUCUUCGAACUGGCCCAGCCAGAAACCUUCUGCUGCUCCAGCAACGAAUGCAAUGCUGCGACCCGAGACGCCCACCCUAGAAGGGGCAGGGCAGGCCCCGGCCCUCUCCUCUCCUGGCUCCUCUUCAGCCUGCCUCUGGUGCUGCUGACCAUGAACUUGAGCCCUGCCAGGGGGGCUUGACCCCAGCCCCACCCUGCUCCCCACC